GUUUUUCUAUCAAAGAAAAAUGAAACUCUUCAGAAGUUGCCAUCUCUGUUAAAGCAACUUCAGACUGAGAAGAACUUGAAAGUGAAGACAAUCAGAUCAGACAAAGGAACUGAAUUUGUCAACCAAGUCAUAAAGGACUUCUGUGAUCAGAAUGGAACUUUUCAUCAACUUUCUGCCGCCAGAACCCCUCAACAGAAUGGCGUAGCAGAAAGAAGGAAUAGAACCUUAAAGGAAGCUGCAAGAACAAUGAUUGCAGAAUCUGGAUUGCCUAUGAGAUAUUGGGCUGAAGCAAUCAACACUGCAUGCUAUACUCAGAAUAGAAGCAUGAUCAACAAGAAUCACCAGAAGACCCCUUAUGAACUCUGGAAGGGAAGAAAACCUAACAUCAGCUACUUUCAUGUAUUUGGAUGCAAGUGCUACAUUCUUAACAAUGGAAAGGAGCAUCUGAAAGUAUUUCAAGAAAAGGCUGAUGAAGGAGUCUUUAUAGGCUAUUCAAACACCAGUAAAGCCUAUAGAGUACUCAACAGAAGGACUCUACAUGUUGAAGAAUCUAUACAUGUGAAGUUUGAUGAAAGCACCUCUGUUAAAGAGGUAACAGAGAUUCUCAAGGAAGUCAGCAUAGAAGACAGAACACCAGAACCAACAGAAGAGGUAGCAGACAACCCUGCAUUUCCAACACCUGCACCAAACCCCCUUCUGUUGAAUGAAGAUGAAGACUCUGAAGAUGAGGAACCAGAGAGACCAAGACAGCAGCUGACAAAACCAGACCUAACAUGGUUAAGAGAUCAUCCUCCUAACCAAGUGAUUGGUCAAAUCAGAAGUGCAGUUCAAACCAGAUCCACAUCUAGAAGAGAAGCAAUGAUUGCCUGCUAUAUAUCUCAGAUGGAACCUAUGACAGUUGAAGAAGCUCUUGCAGACUCAGAUUGGAUCAAUGCUAUGCAAGAAGAACUUACUCAGUUUGAAAGGAACAAAGUAUGGGAACUUGUUCCUAGGCCAAAGCACCAGAAUGUCAUUGGAACCAAAUGGGUAUUCAAGAACAAAGCUGAUGAAGAUGGCAACAUUGUAAGGAAUAAAGCAAGGCUGGUAGCUAAAGGAUACUGUCAAGAAGAAGGAAUAGAUUUUGAUGAGACCUUUGCACCAGUUGCCAGACUUGAAGCCAUCAGAAUCUUCCUAGCCUAUGCUGCCUACAACAACAUCAAGGUCUACCAGAUGGACGUCAAGAGUGCAUUUCUGAAUGGAGAUCUUGAAGAGGAAGUUUAUGUGGAACAACCAUCAGGUUUUGUCAUUCCUACUCAAUCUUCUUGUGUCUACAAGCUUAAAAAGGCCCUCUAUGGUCUUAAGCAAGCUCCCAGAGCCUGGUAUGACACAUUGUCCCUUUUCCUGGUGAACCAUGGGUUUACUAAAGGAAAGGUUGACAAAACUCUAUUUCAAAUCUCUGUUGCUAAUCAUAUUCUGUUAGUACAAAUAUAUGUUGAUGAUAUUAUAUUUGGUAGUACUAAUCCAGAACUGUGCAAGAAAUUUUCUCAAGUGAUGCAGAGUCAAUUUGAAAUGAGUAUGAUGGGAGAACUCAGUUACUUCCUAGGACUUCAAGUCAAACAAGUUCCAGAAGGGAUCUUUAUCAAUCAAGGGAAGUACACCAGAGAUCUGAUCAAAAAGUUUGGAGUGGAAGGCAAAUCAUCAGUGAAGAUUCCCAUGAACACUUCACAAGGAAUUGGUCCAGAUGAUGAAGGAAAGGAUGUAGAUGCAACAACAUAUAGAGGAAUCAUAGGAUCUCUGUUGUAUCUAACUGCAAGCAGACCAGACAUCUCAUUCUCUGUUGGAAUCUGUGCCAGAUACCAAUCAAAGCCCAAGGAAAGCCAUCUAAGUGCUGCAAAGAGAAUCAUCAGAUACAUCAAAGGAAAUCCAAAUGCAGGCCUAUGGUAUCCAAAGGGAGGUAACUUUGAACUAAUUGGUUAUUCUAACUCAGAUUUUGCAGGUUGCAGACUAGACAGAAAGAGCACCUCUGGUCACUGCCAAUUGGUAGGAGGAAGGCUUGUUUCCUGGUUUAGCAAGAAGCAGAACUCCAUCUCAACAAGUACAGCUGAGGCUGAGUACAUUGCAGCUGGGAGUUGCUGUGCUCAGCUACUCUGGAUGAAGCAACAACUGAAGGACUAUGGAAUUCAAGCAAAGGAGAUCAAGCUGUUGUGUGACAACACCAGUGCCAUUGCUAUCACUCAGAACCCAGUUCUUCAUUCCAGUACAAAGCACAUUGAGAUCAGACAUCACUUCAUCAGAGAUCAUGUUGAGAAGAAGCACAUUUGCAUGAAACAUGUGCCAACAGAAGACCAGCUUGCAGAUAUCCUGACAAAGCCUCUUCCUGAGGCUAGGUUCAACAAACUGAGAGAGGAAUUGGGAAUGAUGGAUGAGAUUCCAAGGGAAAGAUGAAAAGGAAGGCCCUCUGUUGCUCAUUUGCUGUUGACAGAAUACCUGUAGCAGAACCUCUUCUGUUAACCCCUUCUGUCAACCUCUUCUGAUCCCUACCCUGGCAGAACACCUCAGCAACAGAAAACCCCCCCUCUACAGAAAAACCCUCUCUUGUUUAACAGAAGGUGGUGGACUUAGAAAACUCUGUAAACCGGGUGACCUAGUAAAUUAGUAAAGGUCUUUUACCCUUUUACCCUUAAAACGGUAUCAAGCCGUAUAAUAUUUACUGCGCCCCCGUUUAUUUACUGCGCCCCUUUUUACAUUUAUUGGUACCUUGGAACCGUAAAUUAUCUCAAACGUCCACUAACCCAUAUCCAUAAAACCCCCUUUCGCAAACCUAAACCGUCACUGCUCUCAUAACUCUCAAGCUUUUGAACUCUUAUCUCUCCAAAAACUCUCUAACCGCAGUAAACUCCAUGGCUUUCUUGAGCUUCUCCGAUCUCUCAAAGGAACAAAAGGCAACCCUCCUGAAGAAUGUACUGACAGGCAUGAGAUGCGAACUGGAAGUACUACCCAGGUUCGCAGAGAAAAAGGAGAGGAUGACCUCCAUUGUUGACGGGCUGUCACAAUGUCAACUGAGCAAGGUCAUCUCUCAUAAUUAUGAAGCCUGCAGCAACGUUGACACCGUUGAGUUCUAUCUCAACGCAUCCUUCAAGGAUGAAACCAUCUCCUCCGUCGUCCAAGAAGAAGAAGUUCUGAUUGAUGCUGACGUCAUCAAUAACAUCUUCAACAUUCAACAAAGGGAAGGCAUGGCCUCUCUACUCGACUUGGAGGAUACUGACAUUCCUCUGCCAGAAUUCAAGAAGAAGUUCUGCAGAAAAGGGGAAGAAGUAGAGAAGGUCAACAUCAAGAAGAACUUGCUCAAGAAGGAAUUUGAGCUGCUCAUAAACAUUUUCCACAAAUGUUUAUGGUGCAAGUACACCUCCACAGAUGAUGUCACAACUGCCAAUGCAAAGGCACUUUAUGCAGUGCAUCAUGGGGUAAACAUCAAUUGGGGACAAGUCAUGGUGAAGUCCCUGAUUGAAGUGAUCAAGAAGAAGAACCCAAAAACUAGCCUCUACUCUGGGAAGCUAGGACAUGGACUACUGAUUUCAGAAGUGCUCCUCAAACAAGGGGUACACUUGAGGAAGGCUUCAGCCUUGGAUCACACCAAGGUAAUUUUCUUGACUGCUUCUCCUAAUAGGGAGAAAGCCAUAAAGGCAGAAAUGAAGAGACAGCUUCAACUUGAGGCUAAAAGACAACAGGGAGAGAAGGUACAGAAACCUCUCUCUGUAGCCCCUUCUGCUGAGAAGAAGAAGAAGAAGAAGAAGAAGACCGAAAAGGAAGCACCUGUUGCUCCUCCAAAGGCUGGACAGAAGAGGAAGAGGACCACAAAACCCAAGGAGAAGGUUACUAAACCUGUGGUUUCUGUAUCUGAGGGAGUGGCAGACACUCAGGGGGGACCAGAGAUCCCCACCUCUGCUGCAUCUCCUGAACAGAACAGGGUGUCUACUUCAACAGAACACCCCAGUCCUGUCAAAGAUGGGUAUCUGUCCUUGCUAGACAGACAGUUUACCCGGGUUCUUGAAUGGAGAAGGUGGAGAAUGGGACCCCUCUCCAAAAUAAUCCAGUAUUUUGAUCAUUAUGAGCCAGAAGAGGAAGCCAUUCUGAACUGGGUUGGGACUGAUGAUGUCUCAAAGUGCUUUGCCCUCAACUUUCUUCACUCUGUUCUUGAGAAGAAGAAGGCGAGCUACAAGGGGAAGGCCAUUCUUAUCUCCUCACCCUCAGAGGAGGCUGUCAAACCUCUAGAAGAGGAAGAAAUUGAAGCCUUUGAAGAAUGGUUGUUCACAAAGAUGGCAACAGACUCUGUGCAACCCCAUCUCAACCCAGGAGAGUCCUCUGUACUCAAAUCAGAAGGACAAGCAAUGAUGGAGCAUAUCAAGGAGUGGAGGACUUCCUUGCUCAUGGAGAACAUCAUUGAGGUAAAUUCUCCAACCCCUUCUGUUAUUAUCCCAACAGAACCCCACAUUUCCUCACCUCCUUCCAGCACCAGAACUCCUCCACCAGAACACCCUGAACCUAUAUCUCCUAAACAGAAAACCCCCACCCCUCCUCAAUCACCCAAACAAAAAAUUGCAUCUCCCUGCAGAGCAAUUGUUCCAUUCAGAAACCGUUCACCUUCACCUCCACCAUCCCCCCCCCCUCAACAGAAUCCCUCACCUGUUCAAUCUUCACCCCAGCACCAGAACCCCUCACCCCAACAGAUCUCCUCUUCAUCCUCUGAAUCUGAUCAUCAAUCCCCUCCUCCAGAAUCACCUCCCCCACAACAACCUGCAGAGAACCUUAAACCUGUAUGGUUUCUCAGAGACUCAGACCCUACAACUGUCUCUCUCAUCUCUGCACCAAAAGGUUAUUCUAGGGACUCUGUUGCCCCCAAUCCUUCCCUCAGAAAAAAAGAAGGUAGUCCGCAACAGAAAACCUAUCUACUCUCCUUAUGUAGUUUCCUCUGACAUGGAUGGAUUCAUGAUCAGCAAAUCCUACAAGGCCACAUCCAAGAGACAGAAGACCCCUCCUCUGACUCAACUGGAACAUGAACAGCUUGUUAAAUCUCUAUCAUUUGUCCAAGAACAUCAUCCUUUGCCUAAGGGAAGAGGUCUAGAGAUGCCUCAAGCUGAUGGACAACAGAACAACAUUCCCUUCAACAAAUUUGUUAAAUCUGCUGAAGCAUUUGGAGGAUAGAUCCUCCAAGGCAUGAACAAACUGAUAGAGAUCAAUGACAAACACUAUGGGCACCUUGCUCAUGUGAAUGACAAUCUAAACUCAGGUAUGCAGUUCAUCUCUGAUCGUUUUGAGAACCUCACUGGAACUCUCAACAACUUCAUAGCCUCAUCUCUGCCAGAACAGAUGCCCUGUCAACAGAAGUGGUAGGCAUCCACAACACUCUCUCUAUCUUUCAACAGACUCUCCUGAGUCAAGGACAUGCAAUUCACACUAUCUCAGAGCAUCUUGAAGCUCUGAAGGAAUCUGAUGCCAGGACAGAGAGGCACUUGACCUCUAUUGAGGCAAUGUGCAGAGUUCAUCAAGAACAGGCUCAAGUACUUCUAUCUACUGACAGAGACCGUUAUCAGAAGAUGGUGCUCCUUGAAGCCAAUAACAAGGACAUCUUCUCUGCCAUACAGAAGCAGCAAGGUCUCAUUGAAGGCCUUACCUCUGUCACCCAGACUCUACCAGAGGCCCUGGAGCAGAUAGCCUCCACUCAGGCCUCAGAAUUCCAGAAGAUCAGUCUUAUGAUAGAAGAUCUGAAUGAUGCCAAAAAGGGGGAAGAGGACCCUCAAUAGACCAGGCCUAGGUCCCACAGAACUCCUACUGGGGCACCCUCCUCUGCUGAGCCUGCAGUAGAUCCGGCUACCUACAUUGAAGCUGCCCUACAGAAGAAGAGAGCAGCAGGCAUACCUAGACCCCCAUCUCCAGUAAAGAAGAGCACCAAGAAGAAGAAAGUUUUUGACUUCACUGAAUGGAGAUUGGGUGGUUCUCAGAAAAUUGACAGAGCUCAAUUUGAGGAGAUGAAGGCCAAAAUGACUCCUACCCAACAACAGCACCUCUAUCUGGACAAAGAUGGUGUUGUCAGAGUUAGGUAUGGGGGAUCACUAGAAGAAGCUGAAGAAUGGUAUAAGAAGAACAUUGUCCCAGGAAAGACUAUACAUGAAGGUGUUCUCAACUAUUUGGACUGCAAGCUUUCUCCAAUUUGGGCAUCUUAUCAAAGGUCUGGCAAUCUUUUCAAAAUCAGAGUUGAAAUAAACGAAGAACUGCUCAGGCUUCAAAGACUAGAGGAAGAAGCUCUACAGGCAGCUAAUCUGGAGAAUGUGUAAGGUAAAAGGAUGGCCUUGAUUUGAAGCAUUGCGCAUGGGGUAUUAUUGUCCUUCCAAAUCAUUUCCUUCCGUUUUACCAAAGCUCCAUAAUGGCUUGUAUCUUCUUCUGCUCUUAACAUUAUUACGUACGAUCGUCCAAGCUCAACCCAGACUUCUACCUAAUCCUAAUAAAGAUCAUAUCAUCUCUCCUUUGUAUCCUAUGUUAUUCAAAGUGUUAUUGGGUAUCCUUUAAUGGAGAACGACUCCUAUGUUCACUCUUCUUCUGCUAGUUUCUCCAAUAAUGACACUCCAAUUUCACCUACAUCACCCGAUAUUUGUUCUAAGUUGAAAAUAUCACCCGGUAAGACCAAAUAUUGGAUUCCCAAUUGUAAUGAUGAUGUGAAGCCGUAUAUUGGUCAGAUUUUUAAAAGUUUGAAGGAGGGUAUUGCAUAUUAUAAGGAGUAUGCUGCAAUUACUGGUUUUGGUAUUCGCCUCGGUACUUCUUCAAAAGCUAGGGAUGGUACAUUAAAGUUGAAGUAUGUCGUUUGUAGUAGAGCGGGGUUCAAAGAGAAUGUAAAUAGCCAAACACCUCAAAAUGGAAAUAGUCAAACACCUAUAAACUACCCGGUGGCAGAACAAAGCAACCAACCUGAGGAUCCCAAUCCAAAAAAGAGAUGCCGGUUAUCCAAUAGAGUUGGAUGUAAAGCGCGCAUUGCUUUCAAAUUUUGUGGCCUGCGUGGAUACUCAGUGUUUGGCUUUGAAGAGCGUCAUAAUCAUCCUAUGACAUCUAAUUUAGCGAAACCAUUUUUGAAGGUGAAUAGUAGUUUGGAUAUUGACCACCAAAAGUUCAUUGUGAACUGUACAAAGGCUAAUAUUGGCACCAUGAAAUGUUAUAGAUUAUAUAAGGAAUCCGUUGGUGGAUAUUCUAAUAUCGGUGCAACGUCCGUUGACUUUAAAAACUUUAAAAGGGAUUUGAAGGCAUACAUUGCUGGUGUGGAUGCACAGAUGCUAAUUGAGAAGUUGUUUAGAAAAAAAGAAGUUUGUUCCGCCUUUUUUUUAAUUAUGACGUAGAUGAAAAUGACCAAUUGACUAGGCUUUUCUGGUGCGACUCGACUGCUAGGGUUAACUAUACCAUGUUUGGUGAUGUUGUUUCGUUUGAUGCAACAUAUGGCACAAACAGGUACAAUAUGGUUUUUGCUCCAUUCACAGGUGUUGACAAUCACAAGAAAUGUGUCACUUUCGCAACUGGGCUAUUGUUAAAGGAGGACGUGGAAUCAUAUGUGUGGAUUUUUAGACAAUUUCUUGAUGCAAUGGGUCGUGAACCAAUUUGUGUCAUCACGGAUCAAGACCCAUCCAUGAAAAUUGCAUUCACUAAGGUGUUUACAACAUCUGCCCAUCGCUUUUGCAUGUGGCAUAUAAUGUCUAAAGUCUCAUCCAAGGUCGGCCCUGUUUUGAGUAAGAAUUCUGAAUUCAUGUCUAAGCUAAACUAUGUUGUGUGGAGCCACUAUCUAGAACCUGAUGUGUUUGAGAAAAAAUGGACCUCCAUAAUGGAGGAAUUUGGAUUGCAAAAUCAUGUUUGGUUUUCAAACAUGUAUGACAUCCGCAAGGAUUGGAUUCAUUCUUAUUUUAGGGAUUUGUACAUGGCGGGAUUACUUCGUACAACAUCCAGAUCUGAGAGCGAGAACAACUUUUUUGGUGAAUUUUCCAAUCCUCACUUUAGCCUGGUUGAAUUCUACAUGCAAUUUGAGAGUGCCAUGGAUGCACAACGGCACUCUAAUGCAAAACUAAAUGCUGAUUGUGAGUCUUACUUUCCAACAUACAAGACGCCACUAGCUAUCGAACGAUAUGCCGCAACAGUAUACACACUCACUAUUUUUUCAGAUGUGCAGUCUGAGAUUUGUUCCGCGUGUUUUUCAUGUCGUGUUACAAGCCUACGUGAGAACGAAGAUUGUUUGGAGUAUUUGAUCUCUGAUGAACGUGGUUUGAGAUUUACUGUUCAUUGUAAAUCGGAUGCCACUAAUUUGACGUGCAGCUGCAAAUAUUUUCUACGUCUAGGUUUGGUUUGCAGGCAUAUGUUCGUUGUGCUCAAAGAUUUCAAAUCUGAAUGCAUCCCAGCUGAUCUCUUAAACACACGCUGGUUUAAGAAAGGGUGUAUAAAACCAUUGUUUGAUAUCGGUGAUGCAGUGGUUCAACAAAGUGCAGCCUUGGAGGAAAAGAAGUUUGUUGUUAAUCAAUUGUGGUCUGAUAUUCAUUCAUGUGUUGCAAUGGUAGAAAAUGAUCCUUCUCUGUUGCGACAGUUUGCAUCACUGAUCACACAAAACAAGGAAAUUAUUGCAUCUACAAUGCAAGAUGCACAAUCUUUAACCAACAAAACUAGUGUAAUUCAGUCCUUUUUUGGCUCCUCCGCACCCACUUCAGUGAAUGUUCUUCAACCUCCUCAAGCACACAACAAAGGUUCGGGUAAGAGAAUUAAAGGUGCUAAAGAGUUGGUUGUUGCUCAGAGCCAACGUGCGAAGCGGUUGUGUAGAAGUUGCAAUGAAAUGUCAUAUCAUGAUAGUAGAAAUUGUCCAAAGAAUAGUGCUCUUUAAGAAUGUUUCAGUUGCAUGUUUUAAAAUUCAUAUGUUUACAAUUUGCAUUUCUUGGGAUUACUUCAAUUUUUUUAUCAACCAUCAGUCCAAAUAAAGAUUAUGACUUUCACAAUUCAGUUUCAUGUAUUUUCCGCACACUUCAUUAUAUCUAUUUCAUGU